AUGAAGAGUCAACUCAUGGCUUCCGCCGCAACCACUCCCUCGUCGCCGACGAUCUCUGUCAAUGCCCCUACGAUCUCACAACAACAACAACAACAACAACAACAACAACAACAACAACAACAACAAGAUAACAACCAGCAGGAGGAUCAUGAAAGGGAACACCAUGACAGCCUUCUACCUGCGCCCGCCGUUGCUUUCUCACAUGCGCUGAGAUCGCUCAAUGACCUGGACGGUGGUGUCGGUGGUAUUGGCUUCACUGGUCAGCAUAACCCAAUAGCCUACAACUCACCUUACAGCCAGAGCAUCCCCUCGACAGCUCCUGGAUCGCCGCGAAUCCCGCCCAUACGACAGAACUCGGGUUGCGUAACACCCAGGAUACGACCGCACGCUACAACGCUUAACAUUCCGGGCAUGACACGGUCGAGGGUUUCUCCUGAUGGCAGAAUUCCCGAACGAGACGUUGCCGCCAAGUUGGUGAUCAUCAUGGUUGGCCUCCCAGCAAGAGGAAAAUCCUACAUUACCAAGAAAAUUCAGCGCUACCUCUCCUGGCAGCAACACAAUACAAAGAUCUUCAAUGUGGGGAACCGCCGACGUAUCGCCGCUGGCGUCACUCACAAGGGUGAUCAGCCUGCUCCGACUUCGGCGGAUGACCACGAUGGCCACGAUCCCCACGACGCACCCAAGAGAGCAGCCACUAUCCUCCUAAAAGGCAAGGAUGCCCCCAAGAUCACGCUGGAGGAGGAUGAGCCGACGACCUUGGACUUGAAUGAGCACCAAGAUGGUUCCGUACCCAAGGAUCCAAUCGAUCAGUCAGCAAAGUUCUUCGACCCGAAGAAUGAGACUGCCGCGAAGCUCCGCGAGCAGGUCGCUAUCGACACACUUGAUGAGCUCCUGAACUACCUCCUGCACCAGGGCGGAUCCGUGGGCAUUCUUGAUGCCACCAACAGCAAUGUCCAUCGGAGAAAACUUAUUGUUGAGCAUAUUCAACAAAGGGAGCCCAAACUGGGAAUUCUCUUCAUUGAAAGUAUAUGUCACGAUCAAAAUCUCCUCGAGGCGAAUAUGCGCUUGAAGCUUGCCGGUCCUGACUACAAGGAUAAGGAUCCUCAUAAGUCACUUGCGGACUUCCGAGAGCGUGUUAAAGCAUACGAAAGUGCUUACGAGCCGCUUGGCAAGUGGGAAGAAGAUAACGACUUGCAGUACAUUCAGAUGAUCGAUGUGGGCCGAAAAGUUAUCCACCAUAGACUCCGAGGAUUCCUGACGGCCGGUAUCGCUUCAUAUCUGACGACAUUCAACCUCGCACCUAGGCAGAUAUGGAUUACUCGCCAUGGUCAGAGCCAGGACAACCAACUGCACAAGUUGGGCGGCGAUUCGGGUCUGACUGAACGCGGUCAUUACUACGCCCAAGCGCUCUACAACUUCAUCACCUUCAAGCGUAAGGAAUGGCUUAUCGAGCAGAAGAACAAGAUAGCGUCGUCGACAUUCCCGCCAGCACCCGGAGAUCAUACGCCUCCGUAUCCUGAGCUGUAUCAGGAGUUGGACGAUAAGAACUUCUGUGUCUGGACUUCGAUGCUCAAGCGCAGCAUCGAGUCUGCCGAGUAUUUCGACGCCGACGAUGACUACGACGUCAAGCAAUGGGAAAUGCUAAACGAGCUCAAUGCCGGCACGUUCGAGGGUUUGACCUACGAGGAGAUUGCACAGAGGUAUCCCGAGGAGUAUCAGAAGCGGUCUAAGGACAAGCUUCACUACAUCUAUCCCGGUGUCGGCGGUGAAGGUUACCUACAGGUCAUAAGUAGGUUGCGUGACAUGGUACGCGAAAUCGAGCGCAUCACCGACCACGUGCUCAUUAUUGGACACCGUUCUGUCUGCCGUGUCUUGAUGGCAUAUUUCAUGGACUUGACGAGGGAAUCCAUCGCCGAUCUGGAUGUCCCGUUAGGCAUGCUCUACGCUAUCGAGCCAAAGCCGUACGGAAUCGAAUUUCAUGCGUACAAAUACGACGAGGUUGAGGGAUGGUUCCAGGAGCUGCCCAACUAUAGGCCUCAAAGGACUACCGACAGGAACAACUGA